CGUCUCCUCCAUAUCGGGGUAUAUCCCCGGAUGUCCCUGUCCGCCUCUGAGCCCUGCAUACCCAGUUGGUGCACUGCUAGGCCGCGGGUCGUUGUCAUAUGGCCCCUGCAUUCCUCUCCUUCCUAGUCCUCGCAUGUCCUGCAUCUUUCUCUCCAUCUUCCUCACAGGCACCUCGCCUAAGUCGGUACUCUCGCUUUCCCCCUCGUACUCGCGGAUCCGUACGUCUGGCUCCACGUGUCCGUGGCACUUCCUUCGUGAUCUGGCGCCGACCCUGCUGUACACCGGUCCUCCAGGUGCACCUUGGCAGGUGGCUCCUUGUUGGUGGUUGCAGUUCGUGUGAGGUG